AAACAGUCAGUCAAACGAACGCAAAAUGUCCUGCAGUGCAGUGGCCAGGAAACAGGAUCUGCCUCCUCCAGGGGGCUAUAAGCCCAUCCCGUUCAAGAGGAUCCCGGCUAAGCAAUUCUUCAGCGGAUAUGCUAUGUUUGCUGGCUACAUCGGCAUGACCACCGGCGCCUGUUACCUGUACUACCUGAACUAUAAACAGGUGAAGAAGCAUGAGAUCGAGAUGCGCUCAGCCAAGAUGGCUGUCUACCCCAUGUUGCUUGCCGAGCGGGACCGCGAGUACUUGAAACAGCUGCGGAGGAACAGGGACGCUGAGGCCGAACUGAUGAAGGAUGUGCCUGGAUGGGAGGUCGGCACCUACUACGGCGAGAAGGUAUACAAGCUUCUGCCCCCGGACACGCUCGUGGAGCCGAUCUUCCAUGAGUACUACGCCCACACUGAUCCCAUCGCGUGGUACCAGCGCGCCUACAUCAAGCUAGUCAGCUAAAU